AUGAGUUAUAAUAAUGAUAAAAAGAGAAUGAUCAUAGCAAUGAUAGUAUCAUUAUUUCCACCGGUACCUGUUGUAAAUGUACCACUUCGAUUGGCAUAUAGAGAGACUGUUGAUCCUAAUAAAGUAGACUCAGCAAAGACAGUAUUGUUUUCAAGCUUUAAGAACUUUAUACACUAUAAUUGUAUUGAAGAUCUAAAGAUUUAUAUUGAUGAUGUAGAGUAUGUUAAGGAGAGUGGUGUUGGUUUAACAGCUGAUGAACAUGAACAACAACAGCAGCAUCAUUCAAAGACAAUUCUAUCAAAGAUAUCAAAGUUUUUCAAAUCAGAUAAAUCAGAUGAGGAAAGUGAAGCCGCUCAAAUCAAAUCGGUGUAUGGAGUAACCGAUUCCAAUAUCAUUCCACUCAACGAGGAAAACGCACUGUUUAUACCGCGUGUCGAACAUGCCAAUAAACAAGUGACAUUGAAGUUCACAAUCAAAAAGAAACCAUUCGAGUUGAAAGCGACCGUACAGCACAGACACCCAAGAGUUUGGUCUGAUAUCAAACAACUCGAUCUCGUUUCAUUGGAGAAUGAGAAGAUCGAAGAAGAACAAACGGCAAUGACCAACUCAUCGUUUAGAGUCAUGCAAUUCAAUAUCUUGGCAGAUUGUUAUACUUCACCGGCUAACUAUGUAGGAUGUCCUGUUUAUUCGCUCUACAGGAACUACCGGCAAUGGGUUCUACCAGAGUACAUACUGGAGCAUAGUCCCGAUGUUGUAUGUCUUCAGGAAGCAGAGGUGAGAAUGGAGCGACUCACCAAAAAGUUGGUGGAAGCUGGCUAUCUACACACACCGCUAUGCGAUCUCGCACGUUACGAAGAAGAACAGAGUAUUACUUACUUCAAGACAUCGAGAUACCAGCCUAUUGAACUCCAAAUGGUACACUAUAAGAAUCUAAAGAACCUCCUUACACCGGCACAAUUAGAUCCACUCCUCAAAUCGUCAAUCACCGCCAAGUAUCUCGAUCUUCUAAGCAGCUCAAUGCAUCAUAACAAGUUCUCACUAGCGUUGCUUCAAGAUAAACAAACUUCUUCAAGCAUAUUAUUUGGAAGUGUACAUUUACAUUGGGGAUCACCUGAUUUUGAUAUCAACUAUAUUGCACAGGUUAUUCAAUUACAUAUAUUCAUGAUGGUUGUUGGUAAUCUAUUGGAUAAGCAUUCAUUACCUAGAGAUACUCCUUUGGUAAUUUGCGGUGACUACAACAAUGGACCAACACAAAAAGCAUAUACGUUAAUGGACUAUGGUCAAUACGAGUUGAAUGGCUACACUCUUUCACAUUCAUUUAAAAUGUCCAGUGCCUAUAGUCAUCGUCCUGAUGGUGAACCAAAAUAUACAAUUCGAACAAAUCAUUUCACAGGUAGCAUAGAUCAAAUUUGGAUGUCAGAGAAACUAAGAGUUUCUAAACUUUUGGAAAUAGGUGAUCAUUAUCCAAGACAGCUCCCAUCACUAACUGAUCCUUCUGAUCACAUAAUGAUGUUGGCAGAUCUCUAUGUUUCUAAACAUCCAAGGGUAACUCUGACUGCUGCCGACAAUAACCAAUCAUGA